AUGGCGGAAACGCCGACCUUUGUAAAGAGAGUAAAGAGCAAGACAAUUCGCGCUCGGGACGAGAAUAAUGAGGAAGAAGGGGUUGCAGAAGUCAAGACUGUAGUCUCCAACUUUAAGAACAAGGCCAAGGGUCGGUCAAAACCACAAUCACGUCUCUCUUUUGGGCUAGAAGCAGACGAGGGAGGAGAAGGUGACGAUGGAGGCGUUUUCCAGGUCAAGAAGUCUGCAUUAAGCAGAAAGAUGAAAAGUGGGAUAAGUGUAUCAUCCAGUCCUGGAGCAAGUAUCACCGCUCGACUCGAGCAAACCUCGAUUGCGACGCGUCAAGAGGGCCCAAAGUAUGACGCAGCAUACCUACAGGAGCUCAAAGCUAGCACAAAUAGUGCCAGACCGCCCAACUUUGACUCGUCACGAACCGGAGAGAAGAUGGAUGUCGACUCUGAGCUCACCUUUGAUGAGAGCGAGAUGGACGGCGCGGUCAUUGAGAACAUGGAAGAACUGCCUUUAAUAUCCACCCACACCAAAGAGACGCUGAUUCCGACAGAGUCAUCCAUCAAGGCGGCGAAAGAGAAGCGAGACCGUCUACGGAAAACUGGAGCCGCGACGGGUGGAGAAGAAGACUUUAUUUCGCUGACUGUGGCUAAAAGAGAUGACUUUGCUCCCGGGCCGCAUCCUGAAUCUCGACUGAUGAGAGAAGACGAUGAUUUGGGUGAAGGAGAUGACGACGAUGCAGAAUAUACUGGUGCUCAAGAGAGAAUUGCUCUGAGCAAGAAGGGAAGAAAGGAAGAGGCAAAGCAACGAAAGAAGGGCAUAGCGGAGAUGAUCGAGGAAGUGGACGAACAGGACGAGGAAACGAUGGAAUGGGAACUCGCACAAGUCAAGCGUGCAGUACCCACAUCUGCCGCUGACUCCAAACCUUUGCAAUCUCGAAUCUACAAGGCGCAGUCAAUACCGACUCCAAUUGCGAUCCCUUCCAUUGACUCUGCUGUGCUUCGGAUAUCUUCUGGAUUGGCCAGUCUCAAUACCUCUCACUCUCAAAAUGCGAGCAAUAUGGCCUCGCUCGCUCAAGACAUGAUACAAUACACCACAGAGCAAGAUAAUAUCAGGCGACAGGUCGAGGAGACCGAGUCGAAACGAGCCUGGUUUCAAACAUUCCGUGAUCGUAUAGAGACCCUAGCAGACUUUUUCGAUGCCAAGUACCCAGCCUUGGAAAAGCUAGAGGAAGAACACUUGUCAUUGCUGAAGGAACGUGCCGAGAUGAUCACGAAGCGGAGGACAGAUGAUAAUGAAGAUGAUCUCGUCCUUAUCUUUGGUGUCCCAUUGGAUCUUCAAAACCAGGAGGCUGUUACCGACGAGCUAGGUCGCGGUUUGCCGUCGAAUAGCAAGCCACAGUCAGCUGUACGGAAGGAGAGAAGGCAGGCCCGAACGCAGAGGCACACGUCGAGCUCGAUGGAAGAAGGCUACGCAACGGAUGCCGCACUUUCGGCGGGAGAUGCUGCAGACUUCCAGCAGGCUAUGACCUCUUUGAAGGAAAAGGUUGAUACUGAGCUCCUCGAGGAUGUCAAGGCAAAGGCGUAUCGUGAUCCUAGACAUGGUAUUGCAGUGUGGUUUAGGGAGUGGAAGGAGAAAUGGCCGGAUGUUUACAUGAACGCCUUUGGUGGGAUGGCACUCGUCCAGUGCUGGGAGUACUGGGCGCGAGGAACAGCUCAGAUGGCUACCUUUCGACAAUUCAAAUGGUAUUCACAACUGCACGACUAUGCCCAUCCAGAGAUGGAGGAGGACGAGGAAGUUCGACCAGAAGACGAAUUGCCAAUUAUUAUGUGCAGUAACAUGCUGAUUCCACGCCUCAAUGCUAUUAUCGCAGGAGGCGCGUUCGACGCAUACUCCAAGCCGCAUGUAUUGCGCGCAAUAGACUUGGCCGAACAAGUGGAAGCAUCAUUGGGCAGAGAGAAUAUACGAUACUCGUCUCUACUUACCUCGAUCUCGAAAGCGUAUAUACGCGCUCAAUCAGAGCUAACGGCCCAGUAUCAACGCUUUUACCUCAGCGCCGACCGAACCCGCACGGUAUUUGACCCUGAAGUCAUUCAAGCCCGGCAGAGGUAUUUGAGGAGGGUAUCUAAGCUCCUUUCAAACGUCGUGCAGUGGAGGAAGUAUACAAAGGAACGAGACGGCCUUGGGAGGCUAGUCACAGAGCUAACCCAAUUGCUGUAUGAUAUCUCGUUACCAGCCUGGGAUAUCGGCGGCGAGGGAGUAUUGAACAAGGCCAUACGAUCGAUACCACCAGAGUUGAUACCAGAUGCUGUAAAAUCCAAGAUUUCAUAA